AUGGACAGUCCCUGGUUUCAAGGCCCGGCCUUUCUCUACGAGCUCGAAGAGGGCUGGCCCAAGCAGCGAACGAUUGUCUCAACCGAGCAAGAGCUUCGUCCGUCCCAUUUUCAUGCCGCACACUUCUCUUCGGAUAUGGCAUUCAACCGAUUUAAUCGAUGGACCAAGAUGCAGCGUGUAGCUGCAUAUGUUCUUCGCGGGUUGCACAACUUCCCCAAGCGCCGAUCGAGGGAAAACCUGCAACUCGGAAACCUAACAAGCGACGAACUUCGACGAGCAGAAGAAAUCCUCCUGAAAACGGCACAAAGCGAUUUCUACGUGGAGGAAAUUGCAGUUUUGGCUAAGACUCAAGGUCCACCCGAGCAGCGUCAUGCAAUCGUGGACAAAUCCAGCUCUUUCUACAAGCGGUGGCCAUACCUGGACGAGAGCGGAGUUCUGCGAAGUCGGGGACGAAUUGGCGCGGCACCAUACGUACCGGCCGAAGCUAAGUUCCCAAUCAUCCUCCCCAAACAAUACCUAAUCACCUUCCUUAUUGUAGACUGGUACCACCGCCGUUUCCGUCAUGCCAACCGAGAAACCAUUUUCAACGAAAUUCGCCAACGGUUCGAGAUUUCAAACCUGAGACGACUACUGGAGAAAGUUCAGAAAGCGUGCGCUUUCUGUCGCGUAGCGAAGGCGAUGCCAACACCACCACCAAUGGCUCCGCACCCUGAGAUGCGCUUGACGGCUUUCGUUCAGCCCUUCACGUUUACCGGAUUAGACUAUUUCGGGCCGAUACUGGCGAAGGUGGGUAGGGGCAACGUGAAGCGCUGGGUGGCACUAUUCACGUGCCUCACGACUAGAGCAAUACACAUGGAGGUGGUACACUCGUUAAGCACGGAGUCCUGUAUCAUGGCAGUACAACGUUUUGUGGCACGCAGAGGCAUCCCAAGGGAAUUCUGGACCGAUAAUGCUACCUGCUUCCAAGGCACCAGCAACGAGAUGAGGGCGCUAAAAGAAGCUAGAGACAAGGCUUUAUCCACAAAGUUCACGACCUCCCAAACUACCUGGAAGUUUAUACCCCCAGCGGCACCACACAUGGGCGGUGCGUGGGAGAGAUUAGUUCGGUCGGUCAAGGUAGCGAUUGGAGCGGUUAUGGAUGGCCCACGGAAACCCGAUGACGAGACACUGGAGACGAUUCUCGUAAAGCUGGACAGUCGUUCAACACUCCAAAGCAGUUGGAAGUUGGCCAGGUACAUCACCGUUCAGGCGCAGGUGGCUAAAGGAGUACCUCCCCGUAAUCACACGAAGAUGCAAAUGGUUCAAGGACGUGAAAGAUCUGGAGGUAGGUGA